AUGGAUGCUAUACAGGGCCCAUCAGAUGGCAAAGAUCAUGCUUCUCAAGAUGUCAUUGCCUGGCUGCACUGUUACUUCUCCAAAAAGGCAGUUAUGUUGACUGUUUGGAAGCUUCGAUCCCUGUCUGAGCCAUUCACAGAAAUGUCUCUGUAUAACAAUGUUUCAAAAAGGUCACAAAACAUCUAUACGCCCAUCACGUUUUGUAUAGGUGGGGGUACACCACCCAAGGAAGGGCUCCAGACACUCCGGUCAUGGAAAUUGCCAUUGACAACAGACACCAGCUCCCUUAGGUUGUACCCACAUGGAAAAGAGUGA